AUGAGGAACCUUGGAGACGGCGAAGGCGGUUAUGUGGCCGACGCGUUAGGGAGGACCAUGCUGCUUCCUACUGAUAUGGCGAAGUUGAAAAAUAUGAGGAUGCAGGAGGUUUUCCUUAGCGCAAAGAGGUACUUGGGUAUGGCUAUCCAGGCCAACUAUAGGAUGGAGGAAGAAGUUAAGGGGCAGAGUAAGACCGCAAAGUUUGAGCGCGAUAAACGUAUUGACGCUGCGCGAACCCUUAAAAAUUCCGAGGCUGACCUCGCGAAGGCUAAGGAGGACUUAAAAGAGGCUGUCCGAGACAGGGAUUGUGCCGUGGCAGGUUUGACUGGUGCCCAAAAACAAGCCGAGGAACAGACAAAGCGCCUACUCGCUGCCGAGGAGCAAUUGCAGAUUGCUAAGGAACAGAUCAGUGAUUUGAAGAAGAAACUGGUCAUGGCAGACAAUGCUAAGGGCGUGGCGGAAUUUACCAGAGAUGAAGCCAUGAGGGCCAAGCAGGAGGCUGAGUUUGCCAGAACUGAGGCCGAAACUGCUAAGGACAAGGCUGAGGAGGAGGGUUAUGAAGCGGGGGUGGCUGAUACCCAGGCCUCCCUUAAAGCUCAAAUCCCUGGAGUAUGCAGGCUAUACUGCUCCCAGGUUUGGGAAGAGGCCCUUAAACGAGUUAAGGUGGAAGCUUCAUCCGACUUGUGGAAGGCGGAGAGCGUAUUUUAUCCUCCAGCCAUCCGUGAGACCACCUCCACCAGCUCCGAGGCUAUGAGCGCUCCACAGGAGGCUGAGGCUGCUGAGUCAGAAGCUGCUCAGAUCAUCGUCACUCCUGGCGAGUCAACUGAAGGAGGAGAGCCUCAUGCUGCGACAGAAGCACCUGGAGGUCUAAAUCCCGAGAUGCCUAAAGAAGCUGCCGAGCCUACGGUCAGCACUCAGAUCUCUAGUGCCGAGGAACUAGCCAUCUUUGUUCAGCCCCUACAGGCCAUUCCACUUACUGAUGUUCCCCAAAGCACCGAGACUAAUCCUGCUCAGCCUUCCCAAGAAGGGGAUGUCUCCCAGGGCCCCGAGGCUAUACCUGCUCGGCCUUCCCAGGACGUGGCCAAAAUGAAAUCUAAGAAGUAG